GGAAUCUUCUCGCGGUGCAGUACACGCGUUAAAUCAAACACCGUAAAAACGAGAUCAACGGAUUAAAGUGAUCCGUGAAAUUCACGCUCUUACAUUGAAUGUGGAACUGUUUAUGAUUGAUUUUAUAUUUUAAAAGUUUCCAGUUCCAGAUAUUGCGAGUUGCGACCCUCCAUAAGGGGAAAGAGCUUAUUUUUCCGUCAUUUUUAAAAGAUUAACGAGGAAAUAAAAACAAUAUCUUUGAACUCUGUAAGCGAUCUAUGCCUGAAGGGGAAGUGGAUAACAAGAAGCAAUCUGAGAUUAACAGUUUCCAUCAUAUGAUCAGUAGUAAAAAUGUGUUGAAAAUGGAAGAUGUUGAAGUGAGCAAGAAGAGGAAAUUUCAGACAGAUCAAUCGGAGUUAUCAUUACUACCUCUGUCGAAACAUGUUUGUUUUGACAAUGCCGCUUGUUCCGACAAUACCAAUGGCAAAUCAGAGAUUGAUUCAGAGUAUUCAACAUCGUAUGUGAACUCAAAUUCAAUGGAAUGUGACAGCGAGAUUAUGAUGAAAGAAGAGUCAUCUGGAUCGUGCAGUGAAGACAAGAUGAUCUCUUUCGAAAGCCAUCUCGAUCUCAUCUAUGGCGCCCAAAACCUAGAGGAUUUUUCAGAUAAAGACAUUGAGAACAGUAUCUACCUCGACGAAGAAGAAGACGAAUCUAAAGGAUGUAGUAAUGCGGCUAAGUAUGUUUUGUCCUCUGGGAGAUGGACUGUUGACCAAGAGUCUACUCAGCAUGUCACAAAGAAGCCUACGAUUGAUCAAGAAUUCGAGGAUUACUUCUCAACGCUAAUGCUGUGACGAAAUAAUGUUAGACUAAAAAAAAAAUGAAGAUGUACAUAGAGCUGUAUUCAUUAUGUAAUCUCCUAUCAUUUUGAUUCUUGUUGAACAAUAAAACCUUCAUCUCAAAGUGAUUAGAGAGGUUUUUAAAAUGUUUGUAAACAGGAUACAUAAAACAGUAGUGUGAGAUUCAUGUCUCUUAUUGGAACAAAACACUAUACUCUCA